AUGAAAUGGGUGGUUGUCGUUCUCGUUUUAGUGGCACUAACUAGUUCUGUCGCCGCGGAAACUUCCAGCAAACCACCACCUGCGUUGUCGCCUCCUCAGAGAGUGGGGUCAAAGAUAAAUACACCCAUGGUAGUAGUUCCGGCAUGCUUGUUAAUUGCUUUUUUGUUAAUUUGCAUUUUCUUCUUCUACUUCGGUUGCCACUAUGUCGAACAUCAGCUCACCCUCGCCUCCACCAUCAUCAACGGCGGUGGAAGGAGGUCCAUGAAGCUGGUAUGCGGGCUCGACCCUGCAGUGAUCGCCACAUUCACAACUUGCACUUAUUCCACAGUGAAAGAGAUGAAAAUAGGGCAACACGUGCUAGAAUGUGCAGUGUGCUUAAUUGAGUUUACGGAUCACGAGGUCUUACGCUUGUUACCGGAAUGCAACCAUGUAUUCCACAGGGCCUGCAUAGAUGAGUGGUUGGCUUUACGCGUCACUUGCCCGGUUUGUCGAGCAAGUCUAGUUCCAAAACCCAACCAGCUCAGUUAUGCUGAGCUGUGUUGUGGCCCAAACAGGCCUACUACAAGUGGUCAUGUUUCAGUUGAAGUGUUUGAUUUAAAACAUGACAUUUCACUUGUUAGAAAAUUUCCACGUUCAUAUUCAACGGGACAUUUGAUGAUGGAACGACCUAUUGAAGAUGUUGAAAGAUACACGUUAGGAUUAUCAGAGGAGGCACAACAUGUUCUUAACAACUUAGUUGCCGAUCCGUUGACAAGCUCCAAUGCCUCAAAUACAAAGGAAAGUAGUUUGAAAAAGAGUCUCAAGAGUGCAAGUGCAAAUUUUGUUAGAGAAUCAGAUUACUUUGAGUAUGAGAGAUUCGGGCAAGAAAGACAACAAAGUGUCUGGCGAUGA